UAUAAAUUCGCUUGUUCUGCAUGCUGGUCUAUAUCCACAAUCACACUAGCCACUAGAAGCACUGAAGAAGCAGAGGGUGUCAAGCAUGGCGUCCAAGGGUCUUCUUGUGUUUGCUCUCCUGCUUGCUGCUGCUAUCCUCGUCGCCUCAACUGAACAAACUCAGGCCAAGAAGGAGGAGAAGAAAGCCGGUGUAGAGGGCUACGGCGGCGGCGGCGGCUACCCUGGAGGCGGCGGGGGAGGCUACCCAGGCCACGGUGGAGGAGGAGGCGGCGGCUAUCCAGGACACGGUGGAGGAGGUGGCGGAGGUUACCCAGGCCACGGUGGAGGAGGCGGCGGCGGCUACCCAGGCCACGGUGGAGGAGGCGGCGGCGGGUACCCGGGCCACGGUGGAGGAGGUGGCGGUGGCUACCCGGGCCACGGUGGAGGAGGCGGUGGCGGCUACCCAGGCGGUGGUGGUGGCGGCGGCGGCGGCUACCCCGGACCCGGCGGAGGCGGCGGCGGCAGUGGAUGUCAAUGGGGCUGCUGCGGUAACGGGUACCAUGGGUGCCGCUGCUGUGCGCGCGCGGACGAGGUCCCGGAGCCCAUGUACCGCGCGGAGGUCCGCAACUGAGCACACGAGGUGCAGCCAUACGUAACGUACCUACGCGUGUGUGCAACUCUACGUGACGUUGCUCUGCGCACGUAUAGUAAGUUGCUGGUAAAUAUGGUCUCUGAUAAAUAAACUGCGUACGUAUA